AUGAUUGAAAGAGGAUAAACAGUAUAUACCAACUUCUAUUAGAUUCAAAUCAAUCCAAAUAGCCAUAUCUAUAGAUAUCAAGUAUUAUAUUUAUAAUCAUACUCUUAUAGCUAACAUUUUAACCAUUCUUAUCUCCAGAAUAAUAGAUUUCUAAAUGGAGAGAAAUAUUCAAAAUUGCUAAGUCCGGUCUAUAAGAGAACCUCAAAGUUUUCAUUACCAAUAACUAAAUCCUUUAUUCACCUAUUAGAGCAUAGACAAUGGGUUUACUUCUUGGAGUGUUUGAAGAAGAAGGAGUUAGUCAUUCAAUUUCUAUUGAAGAGAAGGCUGUUCUUAAAUCUGGAGAACCUGAAUAUACUGGAUUGAUUGGAAGAUUCUUUAAAAUGUUAUUAAAAUAGCAAAAAUUGUUAUAAAUUGGUAGAAAGUACUUUAAUACUAAAAAUUUAAUUAAUUUUGAUUAAUUCGGAUUAAAAGUAUCUAUAAAUUUAAUUAUAAUAAGGUUUUACCAGGAGUUACCUGUAGUCUAAUAAAAUAAGAAGAAUAAGGGAAAUAUUACAUUAAUAUAGAUUCUUCUUUUAAAAUGUUGAGAAGUACUACUAUGUAUGAGGAAUUAAGGAACUCUAGAGAUUUUUCAUAAUUGGAAGGAGCUAUAGUCAUGACAGUCUAUAAUUAUAAAUUCUAUAAAGUAAAUAAAGUAAGUAGGGAAAUGAAUCCGAAGAGUGAAUUUGAAAAUUUGAAAGGAGAAAAGAUGACAUACAUGUAAUAUUAUUAAGAUAAGUACGAACAUAAUUCUAUAAUAGAUACAAGAUUGCCAUAAAAGACGUAACUUAACCAUUGAUAGAAGUCUUAGAGAAAUCUAGAAAGAAACAAGAAGAGAAGAUUAUCUAUUUAAUACCAGAAUUAUGUGUAAUGACAGGAUUAUCUAAUGAAAUGAGAAAUAAUUUCUAGACUAUGAAAUAAUUAUCCACUGUUACUAAACCAAGAGGAGUAGAUAGAGUGAAAUAGGCAGAUCAAUUUAUAUAGUGUUUUCAUAAUAAAGAGAGUGAAGAAUUGAUUAAGAAAUGGAAUAUUUAAUUAGAACCAAAAUGUUUAUAGAUUUAAAGUUCUAAAAUCAAACCAGGAAAUAUUAUGAUGGGCAAUAAUACAGCUAUAAAUAUAGAAACAGGUAAUUUAGAUCGAGAUACUCAGACAGCUAUGUUAAGAGGAGUAGGUUUAGAGAAUUGGGGAAUUUUAUAUAGUGAUAGAGAUAGUAGAUAAGCUGAAGAUUUUAUGAGUUGUUUGAGAGAGAGUAUUGAAUAUUGUAAAUUUUAAUGCAAAGCUCCUCGUACUUUUGUACUUCAUUCAAAUAGAAUUGAAGAUUGGAUUAAAUAAAUAGAUUUAAUUGUAUAAUAAUCAUAAGGACCAUAAAAAGUAACCUUGUUAUUAUUAAUAUUAAAUGGUCCAAAGAAGAAUGCUCCACUUUAUACAGAUAUCAAAAGAUAUUUAAUUAAUGAUUGUCCAAUAGCUUCAUAAGUUAUAUUGAGUUCCACUUUAAAUUAACCUAAAGGAAAAGUUAAAACUAUUUGUAAUAAAUUAUUGGUUCAAAUUUGUGCUAAAGUUGGAGGAACACCUUGGGGAGUAUCAGAAUUACCAUUUACUGAUUAACCAACUAUGAUUUGUGGAAUGGAUGUAUAUCAUUCUACUGGAAAAGCAAAAAAAUCUAUGUUAUCAUUUGUAUCAACAGAAGAUGAAUUCUUUAGUAAAUAUAUGACUUAAUCAAUUGAAAUGGAAACUGGAGUAGAAUUUUCAUUCAGUUUAUGUCCAGUAUUAGUCAAAUCUUUGCAAUCUUUUUGUGGAGAUAGGAAUGGUCCUUUACCAUCUCGAAUCAUUAUAUUUAGAGAUGGUGUUUCUAAUUCUUAAGCAAAAACUGUUAUUGAAACAGAAGUAGCAUAAUUUAGAUAAGCAAUUGAAUAAGUUAAAACAGAAAAGAAUUCUGACAAACCAAUCAAAUUGAUAGUAUUAUCAGUCAAUAAAAAAGUAGGAGCUAAAUUUUAUGCAGGAGAGAGGUAAUUAUUAUUUUUAUUAUCAUUAAUAUAGAAACUUAGAUAAUCCUCCUUAGGGUACAUUGAUAGAUACUGAAAUUAGCAAUGGAAAAGAUGAUUAUUAUUUGAUAUCUCAAAGAACAACUUAAGGAACUGUGUAGCCUACUCAUUAUCAUGUUUUAGUGAAUGAUUUAUUUGAUGAACCUAAUAUCCUUAAGAAAUUGUAGGCUUUGUCUUAUAAAUUGUGCUACAUGUAUUACAAUUUCAGUGGAGCCAUUAAAGUAAUUGUUAUAGUUUUAGUAGAUACCUGCACCUAUCCAAUAUGCUCAUGUUUGUUCUAAUUUUAUAGGAGAUAGAUUNUCAAACCAGGAAAUAUUAUGAUGGGCAAUAAUACAGCUAUAAAUAUAGAAACAGGUAAUUUAGAUCGAGAUACUCAGACAGCUAUGUUAAGAGGAGUAGGUUUAGAGAAUUGGGGAAUUUUAUAUAGUGAUAGAGAUAGUAGAUAAGCUGAAGAUUUUAUGAGUUGUUUGAGAGAGAGUAUUGAAUAUUGUAAAUUUUAAUGCAAAGCUCCUCGUACUUUUGUACUUCAUUCAAAUAGAAUUGAAGAUUGGAUUAAAUAAAUAGAUUUAAUUGUAUAAUAAUCAUAAGGACCAUAAAAAGUAACCUUGUUAUUAUUAAUAUUAAAUGGUCCAAAGAAGAAUGCUCCACUUUAUACAGAUAUCAAAAGAUAUUUAAUUAAUGAUUGUCCAAUAGCUUCAUAAGUUAUAUUGAGUUCCACUUUAAAUUAACCUAAAGGAAAAGUUAAAACUAUUUGUAAUAAAUUAUUGGUUCAAAUUUGUGCUAAAGUUGGAGGAACACCUUGGGGAGUAUCAGAAUUACCAUUUACUGAUUAACCAACUAUGAUUUGUGGAAUGGAUGUAUAUCAUUCUACUGGAAAAGCAAAAAAAUCUAUGUUAUCAUUUGUAUCAACAGAAGAUGAAUUCUUUAGUAAAUACAUGACUUAAUCAAUUGAAAUGGAAACUGGAGUAGAAUUUUCAUUCAGUUUAUGUCCAGUAUUAGUCAAAUCUUUGCAAUCUUUUUGUGGAGAUAGGAAUGGUCCUUUACCAUCUCGAAUCAUUAUAUUUAGAGAUGGUGUUUCUAAUUCUUAAGCAAAAACUGUUAUUGAAACAGAAGUAGCAUAAUUUAGAUAAGCAAUUGAAUAAGUUAAAACAGAAAAGAAUUCUGACAAACCAAUCAAAUUGAUAGUAUUAUCAGUCAAUAAAAAAGUAGGAGCUAAAUUUUAUGCAGGAGAGAGGUAAUUAUUAUUUUUAUUAUCAUUAAUAUAGAAACUUAGAUAAUCCUCCUUAGGGUACAUUGAUAGAUACUGAAAUUAGCAAUGGAAAAGAUGAUUAUUAUUUGAUAUCUCAAAGAACAACUUAAGGAACUGUGUAGCCUACUCAUUAUCAUGUUUUAGUGAAUGAUUUAUUUGAUGAACCUAAUAUCCUUAAGAAAUUGUAGGCUUUGUCUUAUAAAUUGUGCUACAUGUAUUACAAUUUCAGUGGAGCCAUUAAAGUAAUUGUUAUAGUUUUAGUAGAUACCUGCACCUAUCCAAUAUGCUCAUGUUUGUUCUAAUUUUAUAGGAGAUAGAUUUGAUCCCAGAAAACCAUAAUCUUUGAUUAAGCCAAAUCCAAUAUUGAAUCAGAGAAGAUCACUCUUCUUCAUAUGA